GGGGCCCGCGGCCCUUGCCCGUUUCCAGUAUGGCCGCCCGCCGUGCCUGACCCGCGGCCUCUCCGUUCCGGCUCUUCGUAGGCGAUGCCGAUGCCUAGGCUGUGACUGACACUCGCGCUCCCACGCACGCACCGACCCAGACCCACGCCGGGAGCCUGAGCCCUGGGCCCACAACCGCUCACUCAUCCGCCACCUCGACCACAGCCCGGACCACGGCUCCCGCGCCGCUGCCGUCGCCUCGCGGAGAAGGGUCGCGCCGGACCUCGAGCUCGGCGGCCCCCGGCCGGCCAGGAUGGGGAAGCGGGCGGGAGGAGGAGCAGCCGCCACCGCCACCGCCUCCGCGUCCUCCGGGGCCGGGCUGGAGCCCGCGGCCGGCCGCGGCGGGGGUCCUUGGAGCGCGGUCGCCGGCCUCCUGGGAGCGCUGCACCUGGUGAUGACCCUCGUGGUGGCCGCGGCGCGGGCCGAGAAGGAAGCAUUCAUUCAGUCAGAGAGCAUAAUAGAAGUACUGCGCUUUGACGAUGGAGGGCUACUACAGACUGAGACAACACUUGGCCUCAGUUCAUAUCAACAGAAAAGCAUUUCUCUGUACCGGGGUAAUUGCAGGCCCAUACGAUUCGAACCACCAAUGCUGGAUUUCCAUGAACAGCCAGUUGGAAUGCCAAAAAUGGAAAAAGUCUAUUUACAUAAUCCUAGUUCUGAAGAAACUAUUACUUUAGUAUCAAUAUCUGCGACAACAUCACAUUUCCAUGCAUCAUUUUUUCAAAAUAGGAAAAUUCUUCCAGGAGGAAAUACAUCAUUUGAUGUAGUUUUUCUUGCAAGAGUAGUGGGAAAUGUAGAAAAUACUUUAUUUAUUAACACAUCUAAUCAUGGGGUGUUCACUUACCAGGUAUUUGGUGUUGGGGUUCCAAAUCCAUAUCGGUUGAGGCCAUUUCUUGGGGCCAGAGUCCCUGUAAACAGCAGUUUUUCACCCAUAAUAAACAUACACAACCCUCACAGUGAGCCAUUACAGGUUGUAGAAAUGUACUCUAGUGGAGGAGACCUUCACCUAGAACUUCCAACAGGUCAGCAAGGAGGUACCAGAAAGCUGUGGGAAAUCCCUCCCUAUGAAACUAAGGGAGUGAUGAGAGCCAGCUUUUCCUCCAGAGAAGCAGAUAAUCAUACAGCCUUCAUAAGAAUAAAGACAAAUGCAUCAGACAGCACAGAGUUCAUCAUUCUCCCUGUUGAGGUUGAAGUUACGACAGCUCCUGGAAUUUAUUCCUCAACUGAAAUGUUAGAUUUUGGAACACUUCGAACACAAGAUCUACCAAAAGUUUUAAAUCUUCAUUUAUUAAAUUCAGGAACAAAGGAUGUACCAAUAACAAGUGUUCGACCUACACCACAAAAUGACGCUAUAACGGUACAUUUUAAACCAGUUACAUUAAAAGCUUCUGAAAGUAAAUAUACCAAGGUUGCAAGUAUUAGUUUUGAUGCUUCAAGAGCAAAAAAGCCAUCUCAGUUUUCUGGGAAAAUAACUGUUAAAGCAAAGGAAAAGAGUUAUUCUAAACUCGAAAUACCCUACCAAGCAGAAGUUCUAGAUGGUUAUUUGGGUUUUGAUCACGCCGCAACGCUGUUUCACAUCCAGGACAGUCCUGCUGACCCAGUGGAGAGGCCAAUUUACCUGACUAACACUUUCAGUUUUGCAAUCCUCAUUCAUGAUGUGUUGUUACCAGAAGAAGCCAGAGCCAUGUUUCAGGUUCACAACUUCAGCAAACCAGUUUUAAUUCUUCCUAAUGAGUCAGGGUACAUUUUUACCCUGUUUUUUAUGCCAUCCACAUCAUCCAUGCACAUAGACAGCAACAUUUUACUUGUUACCAAUGCCUCUAAGUUUCAUUUACCUGUGCGGGUAUACACAGGGUUUUUAGAUUACUUUGUAUUGCCCCCCAGAAUAGAAGAACGCUUCAUAGAUUUUGGAGUACUGAGUGCUACAGAAGCAAGUAAUAUUUUGUUUGCAAUUAUAAACAGCAAUCCAAUUGAGCUGGCUAUAAAAAGUUGGCAUAUCAUAGGAGAUGGCUUAUCAAUAGAACUUGUAGCUACAGAGAGAGGCAACAGAACUACAGUGAUUGCAAGCCUUCCAGAGCUGGAGAAGUCCUCAUUGCCUGACCAAUCCCCAGUAACACUGGCUUCAGGACACUUUGCAGUGUUCAGAGUCAAACUUACUGCCAAGAAACUAGAAGGGAUUCAUGAUGGAGCCAUACAGAUCACAACAGACUAUGAAAUCCUAACCAUUCCUGUGAAAGCUGUGAUUGCAGUGGGCUCACUGACCUGCUUCCCAAAACACAUGGUCCUUCCCCCUUCCUUCCCAGGGAAAAUAGUUCAUCAGAGCUUAAAUAUUAUGAAUUCCUUCUCACAGAAGGUGAAGAUACAGCACAUACGGUCUUUGUCAGAAGAUGUACGGUUCUACUACAAACGAUUACGGGGCAAUAGGGAAGACUUGGAGCCAGGGAAAAAGUCAAAGAUUGCAAACAUUUAUUUUGAUCCUGGGCUGCAAUGUGGGGAUCACUGUUAUAUUGGCUUGCCUUUUCUAUCCAAAUCUGAACCCAAGGUGCAGCCCGGGGUGGCCAUGCAGGAGGACUUGUGGGAUGCCGACUGGGACUCACAUCAGAGUUUGUUCAAAGCUUGGAUGGGAAUAAAGGAGAACGCAGGUCAUAGGUUGAAUGCUAUGUUUGAAGUAAAUACAGACCUUCAAAAAAAUAUAGUAUCAAAAAUCACUGCUGAGCUCUCCUGGCCUUCCAUCCUUAGCUCUCCCCGACAUGUGAAGUUCCCACUCACUAAUACUAACUGCUCUUCAGAAGAAGAGAUUACCUUAGAGAAUCCUGCAGACGUUCCUGUCUAUGUCCAGUUCAUUCCUCUGGCUUUGUAUUCCAACCCUUCCAUUUUUGUAGAUAAGUUAAUCUCAAGGUUUAACUUGAGUAAGGUGGCCAAGCUAGAUCUGAGGACACUUGAAUUCCAAGUCUUCAGAAACAGUGCUCACCCCCUGCAGAGUCCAACAGGAUUUACGGAGGGCCUCUCUCGACAUUAUAUUUUAAACCUCAUUUUAAAACCUGGAGAAAAGAAAUCUGUCAAAGUAAAGUUUACUCCACUUCACAACAGAACUGUUUCUUCACUGAUCAUAGUCAGAAACAACCUGACUGUGAUGGAUGCUGUAAUGGUCCAAGGUCAAGGGACAACCGAGAACUUGAGGGUGGCAGGCAAGCUUCCAGGUCCAGGAAGUUCCUUACGCUUCAAAAUCACAGAAGCACUGCUGAAAGACUGCAUAGACAGUUUGAAACUAAGAGAGCCAAAUUUCACAUUGAAAAGAACAUUCAAAGUAGAGAAUACCGGACAACUUGAAAUCCAUAUAGAAACCAUUGAAAUCAGUGGGUAUGCCUGUGAAGGCUAUGGCUUUAAAGUGGUUAACUGUCAAGAGUUUGCACUGAGUGCCAACACCUCUAGAGACAUAAUCAUACUGUUUACUCCAGAUUUCACAGCUUCCAGAGUUAUUCGGGAACUGAAGUUUGUAACAACCAGCGGCUCUGAGUUUGUGUUUGUACUGAAUGCCUCCCUUCCGUACCACAUGUUAGCAGCCUGUGCAGAAGCUCUCCCCAGACCCAACUGGGAGCUAGCUCUGUACAUCAUCAUCUCAGGAGUAAUGAGCGCACUGUUUCUCCUAGUCAUUGGAACAGCCUAUUUGGAAGCUCAAGGAAUUUGGGAGCCAUUUCGAAGGCGACUGUCCUUUGAAGCCUCCAACCCACCCUUUGAUGUGGGAAGGCCAUUUGAUCUCAGGAGGAUCGCUGGUAUUUCAUCUGAAGGAAACUUGAACACACUCGGCUGCGAACACAGUCAUGGUAGGGGUUUCUAUAGCAGCUCAUCAUCGUCCAGGCCUGGUACGGGGAGUCACAGACAGUGUGGUACAUCAGUCCAUCCACACAGCAGCCACAGCAGCAAAACCUCAGCUGACGUGGACAGUGUCAGAACCAAAAACAAUUCAAGCAUGUCAAACAGGACUUCUGCACAAGCAGCCACCUCACAGUCUACAAGCAAAACAAGUCCCCUAGUCUUAGAGGCAAAUGCAGUGUCCCAGAGUCACACAGCCAGCAGAAAGUCCAAAGGGACGAAGCAAAGCCAGCACAGCAGCCAGCACCAUGGCCACAGUCCGCUGGAGCAGCACUCACAGCCUCCACCACCACCAGUGCCUCAACACCAGGAGCCACCCCCUGAAAGGCUGUCUCCUGCCCCCCUCACACACUCUUCCCACCCAGAGCGAGCCAGCAACACACGGCACAGCUCAGAGGACUCCGACAUCACUAGUCUCAUAGAAGCCAUGGACAAAGACUUCGACCAUCAUGACUCCCCACCCCUAGAUGUGUUUACAGAGCAGCCUCCAUCACCGUUGUCAAAAAGCAAAGGGAAAGGAAAAUCUAUUCAACAACGAAAGGCUAAGCCUCCGAAGAAGCAAGAGGAGAAGGAGAAGAGGGGAAAAGGAAAGCCCCAGGAGGAUGAGCUAAAGGACACCCUGGCCGAUGACGACAGCUCCUCCACCACCACAGAGACCUCCAACCCCGACACAGAACCACUCCUCAGGGAGGACACAGAAAAGCAAAAGGGAAAACAAGCCAUGCCAGAAAAACAUGAAAGCGAAAUGUCUCAAGUGAAACAAAAAAGCAAAAAGCUUUUAAAUGUUAAGAAAGAAAUCCCAACAGAUGUGAAAGGCAGUUCCUUCGAACUACCAUAUACUCCCUCACUGGAAAGUAAACAGCGUAGAAAUCUCCCAACCAAGAUUCCUCUUCCAGCUACACUAACAAGUGGAUCCAAAUCACGAAAUUCCCAGAAAACAAAAGGUACAAAUAAGUUAGUGGACAACAGGCCAGUUGCCCUCUCGAAAUUCCUUCCCAGCAGUCAGGAACUAGGGAACACCAGCAGCUCGGAGGGUGAAAAGGACUCUCCUCCACCAGAGUGGGAUGCUGUGCCAGUCCACAAGCCCAGCAGCUCUACUGACAGUCUUUAUAAACUGUCUCUGCAAACCCUGAAUGCAGACAUUUUCUUAAAACAACGCCAGACCUCACCAACACCGGCCUCUCCAUCUCCGCCCACCGCUCCUUGCCCAUUCACAUCCCGUGGCAGCUACAGCAGUAUUGUCAACAGCUCCAGCAGUGACACAAAAGCAAAGCAACCCAAUGGAAGCAAAAGCAAGUUGACAAAGGCAGCCUCUCUCCCAGGCAAGAAUGGCAACCCCACCUUCGCCGCAGUCACCGCAGGCUAUGACAAGAGCCCAGGAGGGAAUGGCUUUGCUAAAAUUUCUUCAAACAAAUCAGAUUUUUCCAGCAGCCUUGGCAUUUCACACAUUCCUGUUGACAGCGAUGGCUCAGACAGCUCGGGUUUGUGGAGUCCUAUCAGCAAUCCAAGCAGCCCCGACUUCACCCCCCUCAAUUCGUUCUCGGCCUUUGGAAAUUCUUUUAAUCUAACAGGUGUUUUCAGCAAACUCGGGCUGCCGAGAUCCUGCAGUCAGUCAUCCCAGAGAAGUUGGAAUGAGUUCAGCAGCGGCCCCUCCUACCUUUGGGACUCUCCAGCAACAGACCCCAGCCCUUCCUGGCCAGCCAGUUCCAGCUCCCCAACCCACACAGCCACUUCUGUCCUUGGCAAUACCAGUGGCCUGUGGUCCACCACUCCGUUCAGCAGCUCCAUCUGGUCCAGCAACCUCAACAGUGCCCUUCCGUUCACCACUCCAACAAAUACACUGUCAAGCAUCGGCCUCAUGGGCACGGAAAACACCACUGCCCAUGCUCCUUCCACCCCUGGCCCAGCUGACGACUUGGGACAGACCUACAACCCCUGGCGGAUAUGGAGUCCCACCAUCGGAAGAAGAAGCUCUGAUCCGUGGUCUAAUUCGCACUUCCCUCAUGAAAAUUAAAAUUAAGCAAAAAACAAAACGCGGGGCCCCUCAUCUAGAUCAUGAUAUGCCAGUCUCUGAGACAUCUUCUGAAGGCCCUUACUGCUGUCGCUUUCCUCUCCCCCUCCUCUUUGCAGGGCAGGCUUGUUCCACUCGCUUCUUUCAGACCUUUCUUGCAAUUAUGAUACUCUGAGAUUUGCUGUUGUGCUUGUAGACAAAAGUCUGGACUCGGCCACAAACUACUACAACCUGUCCAUCUGAAAUUUUGACUCACCCAUUUCCCCCUUCCCCCCCUUGUCUCUCCCCCCUGCUUUAUCUGUAAGAACACAAAUUUGGCAUUACAGUUAAGGGAGUAAUUUGAGUUGAUUGACAAGUCCUGGCAUGUGACAAUUUUACUAAAUUACCAAGUUUGGUUUUUAAUAAUUUCACAAUAUUAUGCGCCAAGAUCUAAUUUUAAAAAUGUAUGAGGACUUUGUGCUGAAAAUACAGAGUAUUUUUUUAAAGUAAGGCUAUCUUGGUUUAAAAGCAGAUUACAGAGACGUAAGCCAGCCUGAGAACAGUGGCUGAAUGUGAAGCAGCCAGUGGAGACCACACACAUUUUCUGUGCUGUUUGUACUUGAGGUAUGAACCAUUUGUAUACCUGAAUUUAUUUUAAAGAUGAACCGAAAUGCACACAGCCAAGUCUUGACAUUACAAGAUUGUGUAUUUCUUAAAUACAACUUUGUGUUGUACUUUGAAAUAAAUGAUGCUUUUUUUCAAAA